AUGAAUAUGAUACCAGGUCUCCCAAAAGAUUUGAUAGUGCAAUGCCUCAUAAAAGUUCCUUACAAAUUCCACAACCACCUUAGGGCCGUCUGCAAGAGUUGGAACGCUGUGCUGAGCAGUCCCAACUUCUAUAAAGAGCGACAGCGCCAUAAUGAGUGCGAGGAGGGAAUAGCUUAUUUUCACCUAACGCAGAGACCAAGUAAUUGGGAAGUAAUUAUUUACUACCCCCAUGGGAAUUGGUUGGAAAGACUGCCUCGAGCCCCGGAAGAGUUUAUUUCAGAUUGGGAAGUCUAUUUUAAUGAGUUUAAUUUUGUAUACGUUAGAUCAAAACAUCAUCUGGUUGCUAUCGGGCUUCUCAACAAGUACGACAAUAGAGCAAGUGUUUUGAUGUUUGAUUUUUUAUCUCGCACAUGGAGGCUCGGCCACGACAUGCCUUUCCGUCGAUACCAGUCUGCAUGCGCAGUGUCGCCGUCUCCUAAUGGUCUUGUCUAUAUUACCGGUGGUGUCGAGAAUCUUUCAGAGAACCCCAUCAGUCCCCAUCUACUGGAAUCUUAUGUUUUCAAUGUAGAGGAAAACAAAUGGGACGUUUUACCUCGUAUGAAUCCCGAUAGCCCUCAAUAUUACUGUGUUGCUGAGUUUGUUGAUGACAGGUUUUAUGUAGUCCCCGAUCAUGGGCGCAGCUUCCAAGUUUACGAUCCUCAAAUACGACUAUGGAAAACCAUAAAUACUGACAAUACCGGUGAGCAUGUUGUGAAUUGUAUAUCUGCUUUUGGGAGGUUGUAUUGGUUUGGGUUGAGGAGGGACACUCUAGUCUUAGAAGAAUUCGAUUUUGCCAAUAAUUUAUUUACUACAGUCGGACAAUAUCCUUUCCAAAUUCGUGCUGUGGACCGUGCUGUGCUGUGCCGUGAUUGUAUUUUUGUAAAUGUCCUGGAUUACAGUAGUUCGUUGUAUUAUCUUUUUAAUCUCCUGGAUAAGAGAUGGACUCAAAUCGAGAUGCCUGCAGAGUUUCCAACUUUUAGUUUUGUAUCAACAAAGUUUGCUGCUGUGCAAAUUUGA